GAAAUGAGUCCGAAGAUGAAAUGGAACAAGUCAACGACCUUUUUCUCAGUAGAUGGGGCAUUAGCUUUAACGUCAUCGCCCAGUUCUUCUCCUUCUAUGUUCAUAAAUACAGAGUACUCUUCACCUCACCACUCAAAUCUUUUCAAUUUUCACUCCCUAGAAAAAAUUCCCACUCGCCAUGUACACUUUCCCACGCGCCUCCGAUGUCUACGGCACAAAUUCCUCCUCCAUGUCAUCCGACGACCCGUCGCAUUUUCCGUUGGCCCCGUUGCCAUCACCUCAUUUACUUGAUCAUGCGACCGGUUGUACUUAUGAGGUCGACUCGGUGAUGGUUCAUAGCCACAGCAGCAGCACUUCCAGUGGCUGCAGUAGCUAUAGCUCCCCCAGCUACGGGACGACGAGCCAAAUACAGCGGAGUAUCAGCAGUCACUCACUUCAGAAGAAUAACAACCGUAUUCAGUCUCUUUUCUUGUCACCAAAUGAUCACUCUGUGGAGAUGGACACCAGUCCAGUUAGAAGGGUGUUUAGCACCGGUGACUUGCAUAAGAUUCACACGGGGCAAAAAGGUCACAGGUCAGAGAGUCCAUUGAUUAGUGAGAGCUGUGCUAUCAUUGAAGGGAUGAACAGAGCUUGUCGAUACAGUCCGGAGGAGAAAAAGGAGAGAAUUGAGAGAUAUAGAACGAAGAGAACUCAGAGGAACUUCAACAAGAAAAUCAAGUAUGCGUGUAGAAAAACUUUGGCAGACAGCAGGCCACGCAUAAGAGGGCGGUUUGCAAGAAACGAAGAAAUUGAGAAGAAUCCUCAGACUCAGUGGAGCCACAUCAGUGAGGAGGAAGAUGACGAAGAAGAAGAAAAUUGGAUCAAUUAUAUCGAUUCAGUUUCAUCUGCAAAUCUAUUUUAAUUUGGAAAAAUAUUGCUUAUGCUGAACUGUUUAUUGUCUUAGUAUGGCAGUUUUAGUUGCCCAGGGUGCUUCUUUCUGUUUAAUGUAAAUAGUCUUGAUUGCAUUGCAUUGCAUUGCAUGCAUUAUUAUUAUUUUGACAAUGUUGAAUGGCAAAGUUUACUCUAUUUUUAUGA